UUUUUGUCUACGACACCAAAGCACUCAUUAAAUUCCAAGUCAAACAGUUUUGAGAAAUAUUCCAUAAUAAAUAAACAUAAAAGAAAUUUUUAGAAUACAGCAAACAUAAAGAGAACACAAUGAAAUCAGUGUCAGUAAAUAGAGGAGUCGAUAUUGAAGGAAAUGUCGCUGAGCCAAUUGAAAAACUGCGACUCAAAUUAAUCUAUAAAAUCGUGUUUUUCGCUUUUGGCAUAUUAGCAACGCUUAUUAUAAUAAUUCUAAUUCAAUUAUCGGAUAACCUGGUGCUGGAGAAGAAAAGACAAGCGUUACGUCACUUCGAGGAGAUUGCCAGUCAUGUCAUUGAACACCAAAAUCAUUCCGUUUGAGAUUUGCUCGCAGAUACCAUAAUAAAUGUACUUGGUUCUCGUAUUGGAUAUGCUAAUGGAUCAUUAAGACAGUAUUUGUCUAAUUAUAUUUAUAUAUUAAUAUUUCAAAUUAAGGAUUAAAUAUAUUAUAUAAUUGAAUUACUUUUGAUUAUAA